AUGACUGUGAUGUAUUCAGCUCUUGUAGCUAAAUCGUCUAAUUUUGGAUUUAUCCGAACACUGCUGAUAUGGAAAGGCAGUGUUUGGAAAUUGAUUCACUUAGAAAUGCUUAUCUGGUCGUUUUUCUUCGUUUUAUUUACGCUGGUUUAUCGAUUUGUGCUUACCGAAGAACAGCAAAGGUUUUUUGAAGCAGUCUGCAUUUUCUGCCAUCUUAAUGUCGAUCUAAUACCAUUUGAAUUUAUUCUGGGAUAUUACAUUGCACUAGUCAUCUCUCGAUGGGCAUCCUUCUGGAUCAGUUUGGGAUUUAUAGACUCAGUCGGAUUCAGUGCAGCCACCUAUCUUCGGUAUGGAGAUCCAAUUCGAGCUCAGAUUUAUCGUCGUAAUAUUAUUCGUUUAGUAUGUCUUUAUCAAAUAAUGGUAUAUCGCGCAAUAAGUCCAGGAGUCAGAAAAAUGUACCCAACAUUCCAAUCUUUAGUUGAAGCAGGAUAUAUUAAUGAAAAUGAAGUAGAUCAAUUUGCCGACAACAAAUUUUGGAUGCCAAUAAAAUGGUCCAUGUUUUUGGUAAGAGAUGCUCGUAAAGAAGGGCUCAUUGAAAAUGAUUUUGGUGUCCAACACCUCUAUCAGCAAAUAGCUGCAUUUCGUUCACAAGUUAUAAAACUAUGGCUAGAUGAUUGGGUACCAAUACCACUGGCAUAUUCUCAGAUUGCUUUGCUAUCUAUUCGAAUCUAUUUCCUCAUCCUAAUAUUUAGUCGACAGUUUUGGAAUACAACUCGAACAGCGACCCACGCUCGAAUUGAUAUUUAUGUACAAAUAUUGACACUAAUACAGUUUAUCCUCUACGUUGGAUGGUGUAAAAUCGGUGAAACCUUAAUCAAUCCAUUUGGAAACGAUGACGACGAUUUUGACUAUAAAUUUAUUCUUUCAAGAAAUUUAAAUGUCGGUAUGGACAUUGUUACUGGAUUAGAAGCUAAGCAACCAACUUUAAUAAUAACCAAACCUUCUUCUAAGCCAAAAAAACUUUUUGAAGGAACAAAACCAAUAGAUGUUAUCGGAUCAGUAGCUAACAUUAAUGUUAGAAGACAUUCAAGCGGUACUCCACUAAUAAUGGUUAAACGUAGUGAAGCAAAUAUUCUCAAACCAUCUCAGGUAAGACGUUUUCGAAGCAACUCUAUAGCGGUGCCUUUGCGCGGUACACCUGUUUCCACAAACAUUCUUUCAGGUCCAUACGGUAACCCAGAAACGGAUCUGGAAGCUGCUGUAGAAAAUCACCACCGAAACCGGAGAUCUUCAGGCAUUUCCAAACAACUAGUGCCUCCAAAAGUGUUUGUUACGCAACAUUCGUGUCCAUCACAGUUUGCUGAAGAAAAUAUUUCCCGAUGGUUGGCAACAGUCAAAGAAGCUGAUGAAAGCUCUUCGGGAGACAAUUCAGACACAGAUGAGAAUAAAAGCGUCUCAGACAUAAUGCCAAGUGAAGCAUCUGAAAGACUAUCAAUAAGAAGAAAUUCCUGUAGUUCACAACAGUCAAGUAGAUCAUGCGGCAGUUUAAGAAGCGGACCCUCAACCAGUAUGAUGCAGUCAUCAAUCGCCAAGGCAGAGAACAGAUGUGGUAUACCCGGAACAUUAUCGGCAGACGUCGUGAACGGCAAACGUAGAUCUAGUUUCAGAGACGAUGUUAUUCCGGAGGAGGAAGAACACGAUAUUCUAGAGGAAGAUUCUUCAAAAACAGAGGACCCUGCGAUUUUAGUAAUACCAAAAAAUGAAAAACAAGAAUGA